UGCUAAUAAUUUUAAAUGUUUAACAUUUUUCAGGGCAGCAUGACUGCAAUGACAGUGUUUUUUCCUUUGGAUACAGCUAGACUUCGACUACAGGUUGAUGAGAAACGCAAGUCCAAGACAACACACACAGUGCUACUAGAGAUAAUCAAAGAAGAAGGCCUCCUGGCACCAUAUCGAGGGUGGUUCCCUGUUAUUUCCAGCCUCUGCUGCUCCAAUUUUGUUUAUUUUUAUACGUUUAACAGUCUCAAAGCCCUCUGGGUCAAAGGCCAACAUUCAACCACAGGAAAAGAUUUAGUCCUCGGUUUUGUUGCAGGUGUAGUGAAUGUGCUCUUGACCACUCCACUCUGGGUGGUGAACACACGGCUGAAACUGCAGGGAGCGAAGUUUAGAAACGAAGACAUUGUACCAACCAACUACAAAGGCAUUAUGGAUGCCUUUCAUCAGAUAAUACGGGAUGAAGGAGUCUUGGCUUUAUGGAAUGGUACUUUCCCCUCCUUGCUUCUGGUCUUCAAUCCUGCCAUACAGUUCAUGUUCUAUGAAGGUUUUAAACGAAAGCUUUUGAAGACUCGACUGCAGCUUACCUCUUUGGAAGCAUUCGUCAUUGGUGCUUUAGCUAAGGCAGUUGCCACCACCAUUACCUAUCCCAUGCAGACAAUACAAUCAAUUCUACGGUUUGGACGUCACAGAUUGAACCCUGAAAACCGGACACUAGGCAGUCUUAAGAAUGUUUUCUAUCUUCUUCGACAGCGAGUAAGGCGUUUUGGAUUGGUGGGACUCUACAAAGGCCUUGAAGCAAAGCUCCUCCAGACAGUCCUCACUGCUGCACUCAUGUUCCUAGUCUAUGAAAAACUGACUGCUGCUACCUUCACAGUCAUGGGAUUAAAGCAUUCACAGAAACACUGAGAAAGUGAUCUCUGCAGCACAGUGAGCAUGGAAGUAAACUGGGAGUUUCGAGAGGGAGAUCCAAUAUUUGAGGAAAGGCUGUGUAGCAAAGAAUUCUCUUUCUAGGGUCACCUCCUCCAUUACUCUCCAUCCUUAUUGUCACUAUCUCAAUGGCUACUUGAGGUGAAAUGAAGCGUGCAGUCCAGUAGGAUUUGCUGCCAGCCCUCCUUGUGGUAGCUUGUUCUCUGUAUUGAAAUUUUGUGACCUGAUUGUGUUAAGAAAUUAAAUGGAAAAGAUUAUUUUAGCAUCUGAAAUUAAAAUUUGUUAAUUACUAGA